AUGUCUUUGGCUUCUCUCUUAACUCCUCGUGCAACAACUACAGAUCUUUUAGUUUACGGUUCCGGAUCACUACCAAUUUCGACUAAAGAACUUAAUUUAAAACGAACACUAUUGGGUGGACAAUCUUUUCGUUGGUUUGAACAAGCAGAGAAUGAAUUUGUUGGCGUAUUAAAUCAUUUUAUCGUUGUUCUAAAUCAUGUGAAUGAAAAUUUACGUUUUAUAUUUUAUGUCACACAACUAGAAAAAAAUCAAAAUAAUAAAACAAAUGAAUAUGAACAUCGAGCAGAAUGCGCAUCUAUUUUAUAUGAAUAUUUUCAACUUAGCAUUAAUCUGAGUGAAUUGAUUGAACAAUGGCAGAAAUGUGAUGAACGAUUUUUAACAACAAUACCUAAUGGAAUACGAGUAUUGAAACAAGAUCCAUUUGAAAAUUUAUUAUGUUUUAUUUGUUCAAGUAAUAACAAUGUUCAAAGAAUUACAAAAAUGAUUGAUUCUAUUUGUGAAUUAUAUGGGAAAAAAAUAGGGACAUUAAAUGAUAAAACUUAUUAUCAAUUUCCAUUAUUAGAUGCAUUAAACAAUGAAUAUUUGGAAAAAAAAUUACGAGACAUCGGUUUUGGAUAUAGAGCACGAUAUAUUUAUGAAGCUGUGAAAUUUAUUAAAAAUGAAUGUGGUGGAAUGAAACAUUUUCAAUAUUUGGAAACAUUAUCGGUACAAGAAGCCAGAAAUGAAUUGCUACGAAUUACCGGCGUGGGUAUUAAAGUUGCCGAUUGUGUUUUAUUAAUGUCAUUGAAUAAAUCAGAUGUUGUACCAGUUGAUACACAUAUGAAAAAUAUUGCUGUACAGUUUUAUGGACAAGGAAAUAAAGCUGAUGUAAAAAACUUAUCAAAAGCUAAUUAUCGUGAGAUAUCAUCAUAUUUUGAGCAACUUUGGACACCCAAAGCGGGAUGGGCACAAGCUGCAGCCUUUGCUGUUGAAUUAAAAAUGCCCAAAAGAUUGUCAAAUAUAAGCAAUUCUUCGUCGAUAAAAUCACAGAAACGUUGUAGUAGUGGAAAUGAGAAUUAUAUUGUCGAUGAAACUGAAUGGUCAUCAUCACAACAACAAAUAACAAUAACUAAAGUAAAAAAUAAAAGUGUAACAGAAACUAUUGAUACUGAACAACAGUCAAUGUACAAUAGUCAAGUUGAGAUUAAUACUGUAGUUAAAAAAUCAAAAAAGUCAGCUAAAUCAAAACAUGGACAACAAGUAGAUACAACAGAAGUUGUGUCUUCUUCAUCAUUGUUAACAAGACCAAAACGAAAUGUAAAACCUGUACAACGAUUAUCGUAUAAAACGAAGUCGUAG